GUCUCAUUCAAACUGGAAUCAGACUUCACGUAACAGUCGGUGUCACGACAAGAGGCAGGAAAUUCUUUUAACACUUUCAGACAUCACAGGGAUUCUUGCCUCUCAUUCAAGCCAGCACCUAACUGCUGCUGUUGCACCAAAGUCAAUACCUCGACAAGAGGAAAGAAAAUAAUUAAUUCUAUUAACACUUUCAGACAUCAGACGUGCCGAUUUGUGCGUCUCAUUCAAGCUGCCACCAAACUGCACGUCGUGACAGAGGGUGGUGUCAGGUGACACGACAACAGGACAGAAAUCCUCAAAACACUUUCAGAUCAGACAUCACGCGGAUUUUUACCUCUAUAAAAUCCUGCAUUUUGAUGAAUCAAGCUCGAAAAACGGUCACACACUUAGGAAAAAAUCCCAGUUGCACUGCUGGUUGGUUGAAGAACUAGCAGUCGACUACCUUUAAUGAGACUACUAGAAGUUGACUAUCCUUAAUCAAUGAGAUCUAGUAGGGUUACGUAAAGAAGGAGAAGAAAGAAGAAUCAAACUCGCAUCCAACUGUACCCCUGUGGCCACCACCAACAGCUGUUGAGCCAUGCUGAUUAGUGUCAUGACACGUACUAGACAGCCAACCAGGCGGCAUGGGUUCCAGUCUCUCUCCUGGACGACAUAUGAACCCAUGAGUCAUCGGGAGGAUUCGCUAAUGACGUCAGAGGAGUUGGAGGAGCAGCGGAAGUGGGAUGAGGAGUUCCGGAGGAGAAGCGAGGACUUGGCCAGACAGGAGUUACAGUCGAGGGAGAGAAGACGGGCGACGAGCGCCAGACUGACGUCACUGAAGCAGCGGUGGGAGGGAGUGGAGCGGAGGAGACUGCUGAGGUCACGACAAGGCUUCACGUCAUGCACGCCAGACAGGCCCACCCCGCCCGCUGUGGUGAUUACAGGGGUGGAGGCGGGCAACGGUGGCGGUGGUGGUGCUGGUGGUGGUGGUAGUGGUGGUGAUGGUGUUGGUGGUGGUAGUGGUGGUGGUGGUGGUGACGACAUCAACAAUAACAGCAGCUCUGUGAUCAACAAUAACAGUAAUAACAAUACUAACAAUAGUAACCACAACAGCAGAAGCAACGAUGCUGGUAGCAGAAGUGGGAUGGGUAACAGCGGGACUGCUAGUUUUUCUUGAUGACGAUGUAUCCUAUUUUAAAAUUAUUAUCAUAUGUUUAGUAGUAUAGUUUUUUUUACGGCACUCGUAACUG